AUGCUGUGGCUCAACGCGGACGCCUUCUGCACGGAGCCGUGGCGGCAGGAUCCCAUUGAUUUCAUGGUGCGCAACGACCUCGUCCUGCUCUUUGACAACCUUAACGGCGCAGCACGGGCUCCGCCAACGCUUAUGCGCUUGAUCCGAGACAUAUUCCAAACGCCGUUUUGCGGUGUGAGCAUACGGAACGGCAGCCUGGCUCCAUAUCGCAAGGGCCACAGGGCCACGGCGGCGCAGCCCGGCAGCGAGGGCCUCGGCGGCGCCAUCAGUGCCAAUGCGUGGGCGGCCGAGCAGCCGCCAGCUCCGCUGGGCGAGGCCGUGCGCGCGCUGCUGGCCGCCGCCAAGCCCGGGGAUGGCAGGAUCAUGCUCGGCUUCUGUGCUGACGACGCUGCGAGCGGCGUUGCGGCGCUCAAGGCGUGGGUGACUUCGCUCGGGCUCCCAAAGGGCACGCUGCACGGGAUGGACCGCGACGGCGUGCCGCUGGACAUGUCAACCUUUGGCUCCGUCUACAUCAAGUACUCGUCCCACUCGCUGAGCGCCGGCGACCCGCCCGGCACCGCGAUCCUCUCCGGCUACGGGGGCGACUUCAGAGGAGUCUACUUCAACCCGCAGCUGCCCGACGGACUCUUCCGCCAGUACGCGGUGCUGCCCCUCUUCUAG